UAGUAAGUGGCAUCCAUUAGAAGGGUCCUUCUCUGAGCAAUCGACCUUAAACCCUAACCACAGCAUUUUCAAUGAAAACAGAAUUGCUCAUUGCAGUGAAUCUGAGACAAUAUUUAACCAGGGUUCAAAUGUUACAAAACAUCUAAGGACAUGUUUGUCCCAGAACCAUUAUGAAUUGAAUAAAUGUAGAGAAGUGUUUCAUGAAAACUUCAACCUUCUUAUACAUAAGAGGAUACAUUUGGAAGAAAAUCCCUCAAAAUAUAAUGAUUGUGGGAAAAUCCCUAACCAGUCCUCUAAUGAUCAUGAUCAUCAGAAGAUUCAUGUGGAAAAAAACCCAUGUACAUGCAUUGAACCUGGGAACAUGCUUAGUGAGUCAUCAAGCCUAAGGAUAAAUAAGACAAUGCAUAGUGGACACAAAGGAUACAUUUGUUAGAAAUGUGGCAGAGCCUUCAGCUGGCACUCAACACAACUUCAACAUCAGCGAGUGCAUACUGGAGACAAACCUUACAAAUGUGAAGAAUGUAGUAAAACCUUUAAUUAUGGCUCAUCAGUAAAUCGACAUAAAUUAAUUACUACUGGCGAGAAACCUUACCAAUGUAAAGAAUGUGGCAAGGCCUUUAACUGGCGCUCAGAUCUAAGUAAGCAUCACAGAAUCCAUACUGGAGAGGAACCUUACCAGUGUAAAGAAUGUGGCAAGGCCUUUAGGAACCCCUCUGCUCUUAAUCGACAUCAUGGAGUCCAUACUGGAGAGAAACCUUACCAAUGUGGAGAAUGUGGCAAGGCCUUUAACCGGCCCUCCAACCUUAUUCAACAUCACCAAAUCCGUAGUGGAGAGAAACCUUACCAGUGUAAAGAAUGUGGCAAGGCCUUUAAGAACCACUCAGCUCUUAAUCAACAUCACAAAAUUCAUACUGGAGAGAAGCCUUACCAAUGUAAAGUAUGUGGAAAGGCCUUUUCCCACUCGUCAAACUUUACUGAACAUCACAAAAUCCAUACUGGUGAGAAACCUUACCAAUGUAAAGAAUGUGGCAAGGCAUUUACACAUCGCUCAUCCCAUAUUCAACAUAACAGAAUCCAUACAGAGGAAAGUUAUCUGUGUAAUGAAUGUGGCAAGGCCUUUACCCACAACGCAAACCUUACCAAACAUCACAAAAUCCAUACUGGAGAGAAACCUCACCAAUGUAAAGAAUGUGGCAAGGCCUUUAAGAACCGCUCGGCUCUGAAUCAACAUAACACAAUCCAUACUGGAGAGAAACCUUACCAAUGUAGAGAAUGUGGAAAGACCUUUACCCAGCACUCAAAUCUAUCUGCACAUCAGAAAAUUCAUACUUGAGAGAAACCCUACCAAUGUAAGGAAUGUGUAAAGGUCUUUAUGUACCGCUCAUACCUUAUUCAACAUCACAGAAUCCAUACUGGGGAGAAGCCUCACCAAUGUAAACAAUGUGGCAAGGCCUUUACCGAAGAAUCAAGCCUUAGUCGACAUCACAGAAUUCAUACUUGAUGGAAACCGAUGUAAAGAAUGUACUAAGCUCUUUCAUCAGUCUUUAAUCUUUACUCAUUAUCGCAGAAUUCAUAUGACAGCAAAUCUUCCAAACUUAAGGAAUGUGCAAAACGUUUGUGGACAGCUCACUGCUUACUUCACAUUGGAAAAUGUAUCCUGGAGAAUAACCACUGAAUACUAAAGAAUGUGGCAAGGCUUUGAAGCAAUGCUACACCCUGACUCCUGAUCGGAGAGGGAACACUGGGGAGGAUUUUACAAAUUUAAAAAAUUUGGGAAGCCUGUUCAUCAGAGGUGAAGCUUCAGUCUGCAUCACAGAGUUCAUACUGGAGAAAAACUUAAUCUAUAAGGAAUGUGGUAAAACUUCCAUGACUGCUUAACACUACUCUGCAUCACAGACAUUCUACUUAGGAGAAACAUAACAAAAGUAAAGAAUGUGUCUGGCCAUUUGCUGGAACUCACAACUGCCUUAAUAUCAUAGCUCUCUUACAGGAUAGAACUCACAUGUAGAGGAAGUUGCAGGGCUUAUGACUGGAAUUUGAUCCUUAAUCAAUAUCCUAAAGUACACACAAGAUGUAAAUCCUACAGACAUAUUGAAUGAGGAACGGCUUUAUGUACACUUUAGCAAGCACAGACACUUCUUCAUAAAAGAAGGUACCUUGAAAGAAAUAAAUCUUUAGAAGGAUAUUUAAUGGAUCAUCAUAUGUCAAUAAAUGUCACAGAAUUCACAUUGGAAAGUAGUACAUCAGUUUCUACUCAGAUACACGUCAAAAUACUAAUGAUAAGGAAUAAUACAAUGUUAAACAGUGUAUAUGCCAUUAUGCCUCAAAAGAUUAAAUGGAUCAAUUUUUGAAUAGGCACGUUAAUUUCAGUCUGUACUUUGUUUUUUCUCACCUCAACCCUAUGUGACAUUUGUGACUAGUAAACAUUAAUAUAUUUCUACUCUCGAAUUACUUCCAGAAUUCAUUAGUUCCCAGUGGUUUUUGAAAAUUAUGUGGCUGGGGCGCUUGGGUGGCUCGGUUGAACGCCCAGCUUCGGCUCAGGUCAUGAUC